UGCGCCGUAAAGCCUUCCAAGCUUGGGCCUUGCGCAGCCACACUUUAACCUAGAACAGCUAGCAGAAAAUGCCCAUGCACUCACUGGCUAUCCUAUCGGCGAGGGCCUGGAUGCUUUUCAUCCUCACCCUUCCAAGAAUCAACGUCGUCAAAUACCCAACUCCAACUCCGAACAAAACCCCAGUCACGCCCCAUCCCACAACUUACCGCGACCCUCUGCACAACCCAUCACCAUGGACUACCAAAACCGAGCCGGGUCCAAAUUCGGCGGCGGCGGCGUAGCCUCCCACAGCGCCACCAACGCCGACCGGCGGGAGCGGCUCCGCAAGCUCGCGCUCGAGCACAUCGACCUGGACAAAGAUCCCUACUUCUUCCGCAACCACGUCGGCUCCUUCGAGUGCCGUCUCUGCCUGACGGUCCACCAGAACGACGGCUCCUACCUCGCCCACACCCAGGGCCGCAAGCACCAGACCAACCUCGCCCGCCGGGCCGCCCGCGAGCAGAAGGAGGGCAAGGCCAACAUCGACCCGCAGACGGGCCUGCCCGUGGGCGUUAUGGGCGCCGGCUUCGGGGCGCUGGGCCUGGGAGCCGGGGGGCAGCGCCGCAACGUGGUCAAGAUCGGGCGGCCGGGCUACAAGAUCACCAAGGUGCGCGACCCCGUGACGCGGCAGCAGGGCCUGCUGUUCCAGCUGCAGUUCCCCGACGCGGCGCCCGACGUCGCGCCCAAGUGGCAGGUUGUCAGCGCCUUCACGCAGCGCGUCGAGGACCCCGACCGCAACUUCCAGUAUCUCCUCGUCGCCGCCGAGCCCUACGAGACCUGCGCCUUCAAGAUCCCCGCCCGCGAGCUCGACAAGCGCGAGGACAGGCAGUUUGACUUUUGGGACCCCGACGCCAGGGAGUACUGGAUCCAGGUCAUGUUCAUGACUGAGCGGGAGGAGAGGUUCAACGCUGCGCCUGGCCUGACGGGCCGGAGAUGAGAGCGCUAGGGAGGGGGAGAGAGAGAGAGGAGAGAAUGAUUGGAGCUAGUGCUUAUGGGAGGAUGGAGAGAAAGCCAGCCUGCCUAGGGAAAAGACUGUAACGAAGGACUAGCAGUAUGACAUCUGAGAAUGCUAUUCUAACGCUUGUUUGCCCCUUGAUUUAACAGUAUUUGCUAGAA